UUCUUUGUUAUAGUUAUAAUAGUGAAAGCCAUUGCGAAGUAAUAACGAUAGUUCAAGAUGAAGUCGUUGGAGCUGGUGAUCGUCACCUGCGUCCUGAUACUCCACAUCCUGAAGCCUUCUGAUGGCAUGUACGAACCUGGCAAACAGCUUUGGAACGUAAUAUCGAAUGUUCAGUGGCUCCAAAGGAGCGAUCAUCCUUGCGGCCCUCCGGAAGUCCUAAUCCCCUUGUUGAAAGGCAAAGACCCGUUGAAACCUGCUUAUCUCGGAAAGAUGAUGAUCCAGAUGAGGGGGGUAGACAUAACCGAUGCCCCAGAUCUGAAUUCGAUCUUCGAUUCCCUGAAAAAUCUGAAGGGUGAGGCAAUCGCAUCCUCCGACCUAGCUGCUUACAGCGAGUGGAUGUCCCGACUACAAGGCUUCGUGUCAACCAUCAACGCCCAGUAUGACCGCUUCAAGACCCUCCGGGCGGACGAGGAGCCCAUUAAUGUUGACGACUGGAUGGCCCUGGCUACCGACAUCGAGGAGACCAUGCCCUCCAACCUGACCGCCUUCCGCGCGGAACUUCUGAACCAUAAAAAGCUGCCGGAGAACGUUCCUCUGCUGACGCACCUCGUCCACUCGAGCGCCCGCGUGAUGACCACUCGCUGCACGGAUGCCUUCGCCAUGAAUGGGUUUUUCAAUCAGUUGGCGAGCCUGGCGUUUACGACACAGUUGAAGGCUACGGUUCCCCAGAUUUUUGCAUCAUUACUGCGAAACUGUCGUGGCACUGUCAGGAAAGAUAACCUGAAUAGGCUGGCCACCCAGCACAGAGACGGAUACCUAGAAAUUGUGAGAGGUCUGAAAGACGCCCUAACAUUUCUCCCCGACAGUUUGGUCCCAUGUUAUUCAUCCAAUGAGGGCCUUAUUCGAGGUCAGAAUUACUAUGAGCUAGAGAGCUCAGAGCAACUCACAGUUCAACAAUUUCCGGAUCCUCAGGGCCACAAGAGCUGUUCAGCAGCUCAGCAGGCCCAAUCGCUGACGAUUCAGUCCCCGCGUGACGUUUGUAACGGCACUUUAUAUGGUUGCGAAUAUUCCGAGUGGCUAGAGGUCUGUCGACUGGAGAAUAGUACGAAGCGGUAUGAGUGGAUUAAAUCAGCACAUGGAAAUUAUGGUGAGAUUUUGGAGGAAUGCCCUGGUGGGAGUAUUUUUUACUAUAGAAGGGAGAGGAAUCCUCUCAUAGGUCAUUGUGUUUGCAAGUGUCAGGAGAAUGGUAAUCACAUAAGUGUUACACCAGUUUUGACAGAUCAAUCAGCUAAUAUGGUUGUAACUGGUUUUCGAUUUGUUCUUGAAAACCGAGUUCUUUACCUACAAGCGAAACAAGGAAAGUUACUUCCUGGUGAGAGAAUUGAUCCUACAACGGUAGAGUGGAUUCCCAUACCAAAGAAUCCAGAGUUGGUACCGUUGAAUUCCCAAAACAGCAAUUUUCAUAUCGGUGACGUAAUGGCAGACCCGGGUGAUGCGCCAGUUGGAAUUUCCUUCGUCCGCGACAACAAUGGCUUCUACCUUCAGUUGUACACGAUCACGUAUGAGUCCAAUAGUAUCUUCCCGAGGUGGUCUCCUCGCGAGAUGCGUCCCGCCAAUCGAAAGCGGCCGGAGACAUAUGUCAAAUUUCAAUUGUCGAAUCGAGGGGAUAAGACAGGAGGAUCAGUGUUACCAUUGCUGAAUGCUAAAGCUGCUGAGACUGACCCACCAGCUCUAUUGGGGGGCCUUGGAAUUGCAUACGAUAACAAAUUUGGGGGGAUGAUUUCGCCGAAAAUUAGGGGCUUAGAUUUCGUUUCUAUAUUUGAAAAACUCGAGAAGGAAACAUGAUAAAUAUAAGAUGUACCCAAAUAUUCUACAAUUGCGAUAGUGAUUGAUUAAAUAAAUAAAUAUUUUCUUCAAGCAAA